AAAAUGCUUAAACUGCAACCACAUUACAAAUAUAUUGAAAUUUUGCCGCGUUUCUAACUUCAUUUGAUUCUUCUGGUAAGAGUCUUCGGUUACUUAGCAGCUAAAAGGACUGUGAACCCUUCCGGUUCUCCUGUAAGCUGCGCGGGUUUCAAGUUUCAGCCCCUCCUUGAAUUCCAGUCUGCUGAGACUCCCAGAAGCAUCCAAAAUGGAGCCCUUCGCUGCCUACCCACUGAAAUGUUCCGGCUCCAAAGCAAAAGUAUUUGCCGUGUUGCUGUCUAUGGUUCUGUGCACCGUGAUGCUUUUCCUCCUACAAUUAAAGUUCCUGAAACCGAGAAUCAACAGCUUCUAUUCCUUUGAAGUGAAAGAUGCCAAAGGAAAGAUCGUGUCUCUGGAAAAGUUCAAAGGCAAAGAGGCUUCCCUAGUUGUAAACGUGGCUAGUGACUGCCGGUACACCGACAAAAGUUACUUGACCCUCAAGGAGCUGCACAAGGAGUUUGGGCCCUAUCACUUCAACGUCCUGGCUUUCCCAUGCAAUCAGUUUGGAGAAUCGGAGCCCAGGUCCAGCACGGAGGUAGAAUCUUUUGCAAGAAGAAACUACGGAGUCACAUUUCCCAUCUUCCACAAGAUUAAGAUUUUAGGGCCCGAAGCAGAACCUGCAUUUAGAUUUCUUGUUGAUUCUUCCAAGAAGGAACCAAUGUGGAACUUUUGGAAGUAUCUGGUCAACCCUGAGGGACAAGUUGUGAAGUUCUGGAGGCCAGAAGAGCCCCUUGAAGCCAUCAGACCUCACGUAUCACAAAUGGUUGGGCAAAUGAUUCUUAAAAAGAAAGAGGACCUAUGAAAAUGUCACAGUUAGUCCAGCACAACUGAACAGAAGAAUGACCCUGGAGGAUUCGGCCUCCUUUUAGGUUUUGACAAAUAUGGUACUAAAAGAUUUUUUAAGGCCAUCUCACUAUUCUGUUGCAAUGGAUGUCCGCAAAAUAGAAAUGUUACCCAAACAGUAAAAAAAGAAAGGAAAGGGGAAGCUAAGAAUCAUGAUGAAGUAUAUUGCUUUAUCUGACCCGAAGGAACAAUUUAGAAAGUUCAGUCACCAAUAUGCUUCAGUUUCCUGUUGUAACUUUCUCUAGGGUUGACCCUUAUGGGAAAACUAAUGUCCAAGGUCACUAUGUGAAAUGAAGAACACUGUGUGGGUGACAUUUUUGAAGUAACUAACUGUAAGUGACUACAUGUAUGUAAUAAAAGAUAAAAUUAAUGUUGCAAAAUAUAAAAUGCUUUUUUUUUCUUCAA